AACAACCGGAAGUCAUGUGUAAUAUGUCGGACUUGGCCGUUCUUUAGGUCGUAACGAGAAAUGCUACUCUUUGUUAAGUAAAGUGGGGAGAAAUCUUGCUCUAAAACAAGAUUUGUUUAAUUAAAUGGUCAUUGUCACCACAUCUGCGUAUAUUUGCCCUUGCAAGUUAAAGUAACUGGUAGUAGUUUGCUUGCAAGACUACUUAUUUCGUAGUUAGCUAACGCUAGCGUGUUAGCUGCUCAGACAACAGCUACAGUUCGGGAGUAUGUCGCUUCACGGGAAAAGAAAAGAAAUCUACAAAUACGAGGCGCCAUGGACGGUGUAUGCGAUGAACUGGAGCGUCCGUCCAGACAAACGCUUUCGGCUGGCACUUGGGAGCUUUGUGGAGGAAUACAACAACAAGGUUCAGUUGGUGGGUCUGGAAGAGGAGAGCUCAGAGUUUGUCUGCAGGAACACAUUUGACCACCCUUACCCCACCACCAAGAUCAUGUGGAUACCAGACACUAAAGGGGUGUACCCGGACCUGCUGGCCACCAGUGGGGACUACCUGCGCAUUUGGAGGGUCAGCGAUACAGAAACACGUCUUGAAUGUUUGCUGAAUAACAACAAGAACUCAGACUUCUGCGCUCCCCUCACCUCCUUUGACUGGAAUGAAGUCGAUCCCAAUCUGCUCGGCACUUCCAGCAUUGACACCACCUGCACUAUCUGGGGGUUGGAGACUGGUCAGGUGUUAGGACGUGUUAACCUGGUGUCUGGACAUGUAAAGACGCAGCUGAUUGCUCACGACAAAGAGGUGUAUGACAUCGCGUUCAGCCGUGCAGGAGGUGGAAGAGAUAUGUUUGCCUCUGUGGGAGCUGAUGGAUCCGUCCGCAUGUUUGACCUCCGGCACCUGGAGCACAGCACCAUCAUCUAUGAAGACCCCCAGCACCAUCCACUGCUUCGCCUCUGCUGGAACAAGCAGGACCCCAACUACUUGGCCACAAUGGCCAUGGACGGCAUGGAGGUGGUCAUCCUGGAUGUACGUGUGCCUUGCACUCCGGUGGCUCGGCUGAACAACCAUCGCGCUUGUGUCAACGGCAUCGCCUGGGCCCCUCACUCCUCAUGUCACAUCUGUACUGCAGCCGACGACCACCAGGCUCUGAUCUGGGACAUCCAGCAGAUGCCGCGGGCCAUUGAGGAUCCCAUCCUGGCUUACACUGCUGAAGGGGAGAUUAACAACGUGCAGUGGGCCUCCACGCAGCCGGACUGGAUCGCCAUCUGCUACAACAACUGCCUGGAGAUCCUGCGUGUCUAAAACCACAAACAUUUAGAUGAAGAAGAAGAAGGAGCGUUGUUUCAGAUUUGGACUUAAUUCUUUGUCCUCGUCCCACUGCUUUCAAGACAAGGAUGAGGUCACGAGUGAACUUUCGGAACGUGUUUGGAGUAUCACACACCUACUCCACAAUAACCUGGUUUACAUUUUCUCCCAUCUCUUUCCUCCAUUGUUCUUCUAUUAAACGUGUUUAAGCUUUUAUUUAUUUUGCUCACAAGGUAGUGUUCGGCAUCUGUACAGCAGCUGUAAGAAGCUUUGAACUCUUAGCAGUUGUCCAUGAAAAUCAGAUUUUUAUACUUCUCAGUGUGAUUUCAGCCAGCUGUGAGAUUAUCAUGAAGGGUUUAGAUGUAGUGUGUUUCAUCUGUUUGAUUUGUAAAGGUUGAUACAAACUACUGUAGGUGGCAGAAGAUGACCCCUCUAAUAUGUAGGAAUAUGUCGUAGCCUUCUUGUGGACUCCUACCAUAUUAUUGGUGAUUCAAAGAUCAGUACAUUAUAGUCUUGUUUACCCCUGUGGCAAUUUAAGCUGUUCAAUUUUUAAAAUGGGUGUGUGUCCAGUAUCCUCUCUCUCCAAAUGAAAGUAUCGAGGCUCAAACUUGUGACCCGUGCAUUUUUUUUAAAAUUGUAAUAUAACGUGAGAGGGAUUCAUAGAAUCACUGCAGCGGUGUUUGUCGUCUCAUGAUGUGUUUUAGUUUGGCUGCUGAUGCUGUGAGGCAGCCAUGUACAGCAACACUCAGAACCUUCCAGAGCAACGUCGUUCAGCCUUUUUAACCCCCUACUUAUUCUCUUCUUCUUCUUCUUUGUUUGUAGAAGAUUGUGCUUGGAAAGCUGCGUUUUCUUUGUGUUAGAGUGAGCUGUGAAAGGGGAGGAGAGUUAAACAACUUUCUGACUGAGUCUGCCUCUCUUUUUUUUUUUUUUUUUUUUGUUGUUUUCAAUAAUUAAAGGGUCAUGUCCUUGUAGCAUGCCAUUACAAGGCAAAAUGUACAUACAUAUAAAUAUAUCAACUUAAGAUGUUGGUAAGCCAAGUGUUCAUGUUGUAGCUUUUUCAUAAAGUUUAUUAUUGAAUUUGCUCUAAUAAAUUGUAUUCCUCCGUGUCCUAGGAACAAACCUGUUGCUGUACUGUUGUUUUGUGAAGUUGGUUUUCAGAGACAUGUCACUAGGAAUUAUCAAUAUUGUUAUCUUUGCAUGGCCUAUGGUCAUAAUGUGUAUAAAAAGCACACAGGGGGCACCCAGAUUUGAACCAGGGACCUCUUGAUCUGCAGUCAAAUGCUCUACCACUGAGCUAUACCCCCUGAUGUUAAUGUGGUGUUGAUUUCAUAUCAGAUCUAGAGCUCCCGUCUCCUGCUGUGUUUGCAUAGCAAGUAUUUGGGUGGUGUGAAUGUGUGUUGCACGUGUGUCCUUUAUAGACAGGUUGGCAAAUUAAAUUCUUAUUUCUCAUUUCCUAGAACCAAAAUCUAAGCAAAUGAUAAAUGUUUGUUUUAUUUCCCAGG